UCAACGUCCACAUGUAUUUGUUUACAUCCGCUUUGAUCAAUAUCGACGGGACCGAGUAUUUGAAAAAUAUUUGUGAUAUUACUAGUUGUAUGAGCUUGAACGUUAUGUACAUUAGCAUUUCGACGUAAAUAGUGUUCGUAAUUACAUUAUUUAUGAGAUUGGAGCUUGUGAUCAGUCAACUGACCUUAACCUAUUUCAGGCUCUGGGUCCCGGGCCCGGGCAGAUGUUGCAUGUGCCGAAGUCGUUCAUCACGAGAUUUUUCAGAAGCUUAGGUGUUCCAAGUCAUAGCACCGGUUAUUCCCCUUGUGGUCUCUUUGCCAUUUUUGGAGCCGACAAAACUCUGUGUGUUAGUAAUAUUACCGUCAAACAUUCAUACACAACCUUGGUUAGAGUCCCAGAGGUAACGAGUUCCUAUUCAGGUGGUACUACUAGAGUUUGUAGGCCUAGUGUUGCGUGUCAGCCGUUAUUGCUUAUUAGAGACUUUAAGGAAAUCCACUUCAACUCUAUUUACAAGAUGUCUGCAGAAAAUUCAAGUGGUGAGGAGGUUGCUCAGGCCCAGAUUCAGCAGUCGGAGGAAAAACCGGCCACUGCUACUGAUCCAAUUGAGGUGGCUGAUCCUAAGGCCACUGAACCUAGGCCUACUACUCCUGAGGAGCUAGGAACUGACGUUGAAAAGGGCGAUGAUGCAGCAACAUCACAAACGGAUGAGUCGAAAUUAGAUCAAACUGAAUCGUCAGUAUUAGAAACUGAUGUCCAGGCUACUGAAGAGGCUCCCAAAAAGUCCAAAAAUCAACUGAAAAAGGAGCGUAGAAGAGCUCUUUGGAACUCUCAGAAGGAACACUACAAGGAGCUGAAACGUCGACGUAAAGAAGAGCGGGAAAAGAGGGAAAUGGAGGAGCUUCGUAAACUUAAGUUUCACAACAGUGACUGGUCUUGGUGGACUUAUAGACCAUUGAAGUGGAGAGAUAAAGAACCCAGCAACACCACUGAAGCUCUUGCAGAGAUGUGUAAGAGUCUUAUCCUUGGCAAACAUCUACCAAGGAAAGAAUGAGUCACCCUAAACUGAGCCUGGGCUAAGGUCACCAAGACAGGUGACAACCUUGUUAAGUGGGGAGUCAGUCGAAGAGCAGACUGUCCAUGUAGAGAAGACCCACAAACCAUCACCUAUAUUCUUUGCGGGUGCCCCGAUAAGUGCCCACUGAACAGAUGAAGACCUUAAACUUGCUAACAUCAAAGUUUGUCCAUGGAUCCUAGAUGGGGCGAUAAGAUAUGAUGAUGACUGGGAACCAGCGAAAGUGGUGUAACAGUGGUUUAUGUAUUUACAUGUGCAGUACUGGUACUGUUCAUCAUUCAUGGUGAUAAGGCCAUUGUACCUCAUCUUGUUUCAUUUUCACAUACAUAGCAUUUAUUAUCCAAUUAUAUAUAUUCAUUACAGUUGGUGGUAGUAGUUACUUAAUCAUGAGUAUGCAGUUUCUGUAGGUUAGACUACUGUGAUGAAGUUCAUUAUUGACAGUUUGUUAGUGUCAUUUUUUGGUUGUUUUGUGUUCUAUAUGCCUAUUGUAACAAAACACCAUAAAUCAUUUUUAUUUCAGUGGAUUCUGUGCAAUUUUUUAGGUUAGUGUAUAUUUUCUUAGGCUAGCUAGUGUUACAGUAGGAUUUUUGGUAGCAUAGAGGUAAGAUAAGUUAGGCUAGCUUAGUCACUAUUCUUUUUUCUGCAAUUUAUCUGUAUUCACGCCUCCCUUGAUAUAUUAUGCGAAUAAUCCAUUGGUUACUGUAUUCUAUAUUUUUUUCAUAGAUUGUUUUAAUCUUAAUCCUGCAAGAGGAAAUAUGUUG